AUGAAGAGAAAGGUUUUGUUGAUGGGCAGGAGUGAGUCUGGAAAGACUUCGAUGAGAUCAAUCAUCUUUGCCAACUAUAUAGCCAGAGACACAAUGCGUUUGGGUGUUACAAUCGAUGUCGAACAUUCACAUGUUAGAUUCCUUGGAAACUUGGUACUGAACCUUUGGGAUUGUGGUGGACAGGAGAGCUUUGUUGAGAGCUAUCUUACAACACAGCGCGAUCAUAUCUUUAGGAAUGUCGAGGUGCUCAUCUAUGUGUUUGACAUUGAGAGCCGCGAGCAUCAGAAGGAUCUCAAGAACUACAAGUCGUGUCUCGAGGCCAUCCUCCAGAACUCCAAGGACGCCAAGAUCUUCUGUCUGGUGCACAAAAUGGAUCUGGUGCCCGAGGACCAGCGCGACAACCUCUUCAGACAGCGCGAGACCGAGUUGAAGCAGCUGUCGCUCCCACUCAAGGUCACGUGCUUCCGCACGUCCAUCUGGGACGAGACGCUGUACAAGGCCUGGUCAUCGAUCGUCUACUCACUGAUUCCCAACGUGAACGUGCUGGAGCGUCACCUGGACAAGUUCUGUAAGAUUUGCGAGGCCGACGAGGUCGUCCUGUUUGAGAAGGCCACCUUCCUGGUGAUCUCGCACUCUCACCGCAAGCAGCACAAGGAUGUACACAGAUUCGAGAAGAUCAGCACCAUCAUCAAGCAGUUCUUCCUCAGCUGCUCCAAGUCACAGGCCAACUUCCAGGCCAUGGAGGUCAGGAACUCUAACUUUGCCGCUUACAUUGAUGCUUUCACGUCCAACACCUACAUCAUGGUCAUCAUGUCCGAUCAAACCAUCGAGUCUUCCGCCACGCUGCUCAACAUCCAGGUGGCCAAGUCGCAUUUCGAGAAGUUCAUUCAGCAGAACAGUGCAUCAUCACUCGUC